GGCCAUCUUGAAGGCCCGGGAGGCGGUGCCGCUCAGGACGGAGCGGAAGUGCUCGGCUGCGUCGUCCCGGACCGAGCGAAGCGCCGGCGCGGCAGUCACUCGCGUCCUCUUUCCCGCGGCCCUCGGGAGACCGCGCUCGGCCGCAGUGGACCGCGAGCAUGUCAGAAGGUGACAGUGUGGGAGAUUCCGUCCACGGGAAACCUUCUGUGGUGUACAGAUUCUUCACAAGACUUGGACAGAUCUAUCAGUCCUGGCUUGACAAGUCUACGCCAUACACGGCUGUGCGAUGGGUGGUGACGCUGGGCCUGAGCUUCGUCUACAUGAUCCGAGUUUACCUGCUGCAGGGUUGGUACAUCGUGACCUACGCCUUGGGAAUCUACCAUCUAAAUCUCUUCAUAGCUUUCCUUUCUCCCAAAGUGGAUCCUUCCUUAAUGGAAGAUUCAGAUGAUGGCCCCUCGUUACCAACCAAACAGAAUGAGGAGUUCCGGCCCUUCAUUCGAAGGCUCCCAGAGUUUAAGUUUUGGCACGCCGCGACCAAGGGCGUCCUGGUGGCGACGGCCUGCACCUUCUUCGAGGCGUUCAACGUGCCGGUGUUCUGGCCCAUCCUCGUCAUGUACUUCCUCAUGCUCUUCUGUAUCACGAUGAAGCGGCAAAUAAAGCACAUGAUCAAGUACCGGUACAUCCCGUUCACGCACGGCAAGAGGACGUACAAGGGGAAGGAGGACGUGGGCAAGACGUUCGCCAGCUAGACGCGGCCGCCUUCCGCGGGCCCUGGACGGCCGCAAGUUGCUGUGACGCUGUCUCCUUUCCUCACAUAAAGUAGUUGGUUACAAGGGAGUUAUUUUCUUUUUAAAAAGGAGCUUCAAUUAUUUGUAACUGAAAUAUCAGGUUCUUGAAGAAACUGGCAUUUAAACC